CCUAGAUUUCAACCAAAAGCAAGUAUUUUUUUUGGUCAUGUAUGCGAUAGCGAUUGACGUGGUAACGUACGCUAUAGCGAUUGACGUUAUGGUUGCGGUAUUGUGACCAACCCAGCUACUUAUGAGAGCAUUUUUUGUCACCCCAAAGUGUGUAAGUGACUGUUUGAUAUUGUAAUUUGUAGUUUAAUAAUUGAUUUAAUUAAUUCAACUUAUUUGGUUGUUGAUUUGAGCAAUAACUUUAUUGGUCUAAAAUGCUAUGAAGGAGACUCACUUUGAAAAUGAAAGAGAAUGUAACCAAGUUCCAUCGAGAAAUGAAACAAAGGCUGAAUACCAAAUGUGAAAAGGAAAUAGCGGAAAUUGUUGCUGAAAUAAGGCUCAAGUAUUCAGCUAACCAUGUAGAAGCAUUUGCAGCUUAUAACUCAAAAAAAAUGGAACUUGAGACCAAUACCAAUAGUGUAAUCUUGAACAGACUAUUGGCCGAAGCUUUCAGAUGUAGUGUUCAAGACUCUCGGGCUGAAAUAAUGAAGCAACUGCCUAGGUUAUUGGUUUCACCUUCUGUGAGGAUUUUCCAUGGUCAGUCUUCAGGAAUCCAGCAGCCACUUCAACCACCAUCGUCACGACCGCCUCUUUAGAUAGUUCACCAACCAGCAGCUCUGUUCUCAACCAUACCGAGCAGGCUAUGACCACUACCUGCUCUCUUGCAUUAGCUACUCUACUGAUGUCACUCUUCCGAUCAACCAAUUGAGGCUCCUCUAUAAUUUCGCAGUACGCAACCCACAGGGCACCACUACUGCUCUAUGCCACAAACAAAAGUAACUC